AUGUCUCUUUUCCGCGCUAGCUCCCCAAGCUCUGGGGACUUCGUGCCUCUUUUCCGCCUCUUGGACGACUAUGAUACCCACCGGUCUGGUCGCAGCCAGUGCGCUACUCACUCGUUUUCUCCUCGUUUUGACGUUCGUGAGAGCGAGAGUGCCUAUCAUCUUGAUGGCGAGCUUCCCGGCGUUUCCCAAAAGAAUAUUGACAUCGAGUUCUCCGACCCACAUACACUGGUCGUAAAGGGAUGCCUUGAGCGUGAAUACAACUCUUCCAAUUACCAAACUGAGGUGAAGGGCCCGGAUAAGGAAGAGGAACAGACCAAGACCGAGUCCAAGAACGAGCCCAAUCAUCAUUUUUGGGCUAGCGAGCGUUCGGUAGGCGAGUUCCAGCGCACCUUCUCCUUCCCGGCUCGAGUUGAGAAAGACCAUGUCAAGGCCAGCCUCAACCAUGGGAUUUUGUCAAUCCAGGUUCCUAAAGAAAAUGUUACUGCUACCAAGAAGAUCGAAAUCGAGUAA